AACUUUGACAUCAUAGCCCUUCAAGAGCCAUAUAUCGACCAUCUCGGCCUCACUAGGGCGACUAACCACUGGUCUGUUGUAUACCCGACUGGACACCAUGACGCAAAAGAGCGCACACGGUCGAUCAUUCUCGUCAGCACACGCCUAUCGACAGGCUCGUGGACUCCCGUCUCCAUUCCUUCUCCUGACCUCACUGCUAUAUCUAUUAAAUCUGGCGACACACACAUCCACUUGCUCAAUCUAUAU